AUCUUCCUUCUGUCAGGGAAGAGCAACAUGGCCGGCCGCGGCGGCGUGCACCAGCGGCGGUGGGAUGGGGUCGUGCCGCCGGAGUGCGCACCGGACCCCUCCAUCCUCCGUCUCUCCGCCUCGCUCGCAUGGGAGGAGGCCCGCGAGCCGUUGCACGCCGACAUCGACACGACCAAGACCUGCGGCGUCGGCCCCGGGAUGGCCUUCGCCCGCGCCAUUCUCCCGGAGCUGCAGCCCCGAGGCACCGCCAGGGUAGGGCUCAUACCGUGCGCCGUUGGCGGCACGGCCAUCCGGGAGUGGGCCCGUGGGGAGCACCUGUACGAGCAGAUGGUGCGGCGCGCGCGCGUUGCGACCGAAUGCGGAGAGAUCGAGGCCGUGCUAUGGUACCAGGGGGAGAGCGAUGCAGAGUCCGAUGCCGAAACGGCGGCAUACCAGGGGAACGUGGAGAGGCUGAUAGCAAAUAUCAGGGCAGAUCUUGGGAUGCCGCAUCUACCAUUCAUUCAGGUGGUGGCCGCGCUCGGUAAAUAG